AUGGCGGAAAAAACUAGUGAAGGACGCAGAAUGUCACGAAAUAUUUUACCAGAAGAUAGUUGCAUUGUUGCUUCAAAUAAAAUUGGUGGGAGAAAAAGUGGAGAAAAAUCUCAAAUUGAAUUAUAUCGUCCUCAGACUGGAAUGACAUUAAGAAGGGCAGAUGAUCAAUUGUGGAGAAAUUCAAAAUCGCCAAGUCCCUGUCCAGUAGAAUCAUUUAAUAAAAAUUGUCAAGUAAAUCAAGUACAUGGAAAAUCAAAAACAUAUAACAAAUUAUUUGAUAAUAGAUUAAGUACUGAAUCAUUAAAUCGUUCAGAGCUCAAUAAUUCAAAAAAUAACAAUGAAGAAACCUCAGAUGUUAGAAACAUACCUGUUACAGUAAAAAAUGGUAGUGAUGAAGGUAUCGAUUUAACACCUAGAACUUUGGAAGAAAAGAAAAAGGUUAGAAAACCUGAAAAAGCUAUAUAUAUUCCAAAACCCAUAUCGCAAAGUGAGAAAGAAGGAAGAAUACAGCAAAAAAAGCAAAAGUCAUCAGAAAAUAAUAUCAAAAGUGAAGAAGAAACAUGGGAUGAGAAUUCUAAAAGUGCUAGUAAUGAUCAAAAGAAAAAAAGGAAAGCAAAAGGAAAAGGCCGCAUAAGAGAAAAAAGAGAUAAUGACGAAAAAAGCUACGAUCAAUAUUGUAAAGAAGAAAAUCCUAGGAGACAAUAUGAUAACAGUUCAGUUCAAAAACAAAUGACAGUAGAAGGAGGCAGAUUUUCGAGAGAGCAAAAACAGGAUAGAAGGAAUUACAGCCAUAAAAGGCAUGAGGAUAAAAGACGGGAUAACAAUAAAUCUGCAAUGAGGAAGUCUAGUGAUACUCUUGAUUAUUGUGGUAGGAGUGAUUCACCAGAAUUUGUAAGAAAUCAACAAAAUUUCAACGUUAAGACUGAUAAACGAGACUUUAGGCAAAAUUCAGAACCACGAAUAAUAUCUCAUACUGCAAAUAUUAGGCCUAAUUUUAAUAAUAACAGUACUAAUAAUAAUAAUAUUACUAAUAAUCGAUUGAGAGAUACUCGUAGUAUGGAACAUUCGAAUUGGAAUAAUGACAAAAUUCAGACCAAACCACCGGUCGGACGUAGGGGUAGCGGAAGUGUCUCGAUUUCAAAGCAAGCAACAUUCGAUUCUUUGCCACCGAGGCUAAAGAAAAAGUAUAUGGAAGAAAAAGGAAUAUCUAUGAAUCUUCCUUCUAACUCAUACAUAGGUACUUCUUCCGAAGAACAAUGGGAUGGUGGUAGUUUAUCAUUCUUAAAUAAUUCUUCCUCAAAUUAUUCGGUUCAACAAUAUCAUAUUCCUCCCUCAGAGUAUCAAAAUUAUCAAAAUUAUAAUAAUCCCCAGCAAUGGCCGCAAAAAGUUCCUUCGCCGAAAGGCCGCGGCCGAGGUCGACUUAGACAAGAUGAAAUUGAAAAAGAGCUUCAAUUAAUAGAACAAAAUAAAAUCGGCCAAACUAAUUAUAGAUCACCGUCUAGAUCACCUUGCGCAACUCCAUUUAAAAAUGCGUCUCAAUCUCACGAAAAUAUACCUCACGAAAGACCUAUUCCUUCGUCCAAUAGCUUACCAUCUCGAAGUUUUUCUUCUCACGAUCAAGUGGGUCCGUUUGAAAAUCGUUAUUACGAUUACAAUUCUCAACAAAAUGUUCGUUACACAAGAGAUAAUAGAAAACCACAAGACGGGCGAGGCAAUCAGUGGAAAGAAUCUAAAACGCUUCCGAAAAGAAAUCAAUAUAAUAGAAAUUCGUAUUCUGAAAAAUAUCAACGAACAAGAAAACUAAGUAACGCGAGCACGAUAUCGAUAACAGAACAAGGUUCGAAAGAAGUGAAAAAAAUUUCUGAACAUUAUUCAGAUAAUUCCUUACCUUAUACGGAAAUAAAAUCUGCCACCAUUCCGAAAUGUUCUUCGCCCAGGACUUUAGAUUGGAGCGAAGAAGUAGAAGAAUCCGAAAGACAAGAAAGAGAAGCCAUGUCAAGGAGCUCGUCUGUAGCAAGUUUAAAUAAUGUACAUUCUUCUAGAGAUAGAAGGAAGCAGAGAAGGCGAGGUGGUAAAAAAGAUAGAAGCUUAAGUCGAGAAUCGAAUCGGGAUUAUAAAAAUAAUAGUCAAGAAAGAUUUAGAAGUCACAGACGGCAAAGCGACGAAAACAUUUACAGGCCUAGCAGUCGAGAUCAAAACAAGGGACAUUAUGGAUUCCAUAAAAAUUUAAGCAGGGAAUCCAGUAAAGAAAGAGAGCCUAAAAGUGAAAUUUUAGACUGGAGAAGGGGAGGGGAUCAAGAAAAAAAUGAUAAAGAUUGGAGGAGAGGAGAUUUAGAGAAAUCGAAUAGGGAUUGGAGAAGAGAAAGAGAAAAAUUUAGAGAUGAUGAAAAAGAUGAUAAAGGUAACUGGAGGGAAGAAAUGAAAAAAGAUAGUUCAAUGCAUAUUGAAGCUUCUGUUCCGCCCCCUAGCAUUCAAUCUGUACCAGAAUAUCCUCAAAGAGGUUUCAUUCAACUUCAGCAGCCGCCAUCAACUCAACAACCUCAAAGGCAGCUUUUUGAUCCUAGCAAUCCGAGUAAACCAAUUAUUGUUAAUUCAUUAAAUUCUCGUGUAACAAACACAGUCAAUCAUGGAUAUCAGGAACCACCGCCAAAGUUUUAUACUCUGCCACAAUAUCCUCCGUACCAUUUUCAAAACGGGUCUUUGGGAGAUGGCGUGCCUAGUAUUUAUCAUAAGGAUCCUUCAUCGAAUCGUCCUUCUUGGUACGAUCAUACCAACGAUAGAAAUCCAAUUCUGCUUCUUGACAUUGAGAGAGCAGAUACGGAUUUACAAUACAUUUUAAGGUGUUCCAAGGGACCAGCCAUUCUCACUCAGUGGCAGGGAAUAAAUUAUGUUCGUCAAUUUCUUCAAAAAAGCUUGCAAAUUCUCCUCAUGACCGAAAUUAAAUUUUGUCAAGAGGAAAACGUUGAACAGCACAUGUGGAAAAUUACUUAUUAUAAUAUAAUUGAAACGCUUCGGAAAUUAAUAUUGGAGGAUCCCGAAAAUAAAGAAGGCUAUAAAAAUGCUCUUUUAUCAAUAGUUGACGAAGGUAUAAAAUAUUUUGAAAGGUUAAUUCAACACUUGGAAGAAAAUUUUAAUUUUAAGGUAGAAACAUUUUUGACUGUAAAUGGUGGCUCAAUUAAAGGAUUAGGUUAUACAGGUUUGGCAUUAGUAUCAACGCAAAAAAUAAUGCUUUUUUUGGGAGAUUUGGCUCGUUAUCGAGAAGUAGCCAAUGAUAGUAAUAAUUACGGGAAAUCAAAACAAUGGUAUACGAAAGCUCAACAAAUUAAUCCUAAAAAUGGCCGACCUUAUUACCAGCUAGCACUUCUUGCUUAUUUGGCUAGACGAAAAUUAGAUGCCGUUUAUUAUUACAUGAGAAGUUUAAUGGCAUCGAAUCCUCUUCAGUCAGCUAAAGAAAGUUUGGUAUCAUUGUUCGAUGAAAAUCGUAAAAAGUAUGAACAAAUCGAAAAGAAAAAAAAAGAAGAAAGAGAAGCAAAAUACAAAGAAAGAGUGAAAGAAAAAGAAGGUUCGAGUCUUAGAAGAGAAAUAUGGGUUCAUCCCUGCGGAAGACGUCGCGUUCAUAGGACGACAUCAACAUCUACCGAUUCGAGACGUGCAGAAAGCGAAGAUGAAGAAUUGUUGGCUUUGGAAAGUACGGAUAUAAACAAAAGAUUUACCACGAGUUACUUACACGUGCACGGAAAAUUAUUCACAAAAGUCGGUAUGGAAACUUUUCAAGAUGCCGGAUUGCAAAUGCUUCGAGAAUUUCGUGCUUUACUACAGCAAACGCCGCUUCCUUUGGGUUGCACCAGAUUUUUACAGCUUCUCGCUCUCAACAUGUUCGCUAUAGAAAAUACACAACUCAAAGGUAAGGCCGAGUAG